UUGUUCUCCCAGCGCUCGCGCAAAACCACAACGAUCUCCGCCUCCUCAACCAUGUCUCAGACGUCGACAAUUGUCCAUUCUGUCUCUUCGACACAAAAGAGCGCCCCGGCGCCCGCCUCGACGGCGAAAAACCUCUCCCUAGCUCUAGCUGUGCUACUCAGCAUCGCCGUCAUCGGCGCGCCCAAGUCUCCCCAGGGGUGCCUGGCGCCGACGGCCGCGCCGACGCUGGCUCCGACGAUCAGCGGCCUCCGCAAGCCCACCGCGGUGCCUACGAGCGACCGCGCGCCGACGGCCGUGCCGACUACUCAGGACCUCAAGACGCCCACGGCCGUGCCCACCGCGGAGCUCAAGCCUACGGCCGUGCCCACGACGGAUCUCAAGCCCACGGGAGUCCCGACCUCGGAGCUCGCCCCGACGGCGGUGCCGACUAUUGAGGCCAAGCCCACGGCGGUACCCACCGCGGAGUGCAAGCCCACGGCGGUGCCCACUACUACGGAGCUCAAGCCCACGGGAGUCCCGACCUCGGGGCGCGCCCCGACGGCGGUGCCGACUAUCGAGGCCAAGCCCACGGCGGUGCCCACCACGGAGUGCAAGCCCACCGGCGUGCCCACUACGGCCGUGCCCACUACUACGGAGCUCAAGCCCACGGGAGUCCCGACCUCGGAGCGCGUCCCGACGGCGGUGCCGACUACUGAGGCCAAGCCCACGGCGGUGCCCACCACGGAGCUCAAGCCCACGGGAGUCCCGACCUCGGAGCGCAAGCCGACGGCCGCGCCGACGACGCAGGAGCUGUAA